AUGGUUGCUCCUGCGGAGAAAGCUGUAAAUGCUGUUCUGAUGGAACUUGCAAGGCUGCGGAAAGUUGCUCAUGUGGAAAAGAUUGCAAGUGUUGUGCUGAUGGAUCCUGCCAAAGCAAAGAUGGCUGCUCCUGUGGAAAAAGCUGUAAAUGCUGUUCCGAUGGAACCUGCAAGGCUGCAGGAAGUUGCUCAUGUGGAAAAGAUUGCAAGUGUUGUGCUGAUGGAUCUUGCCAAAGCAAAGAUGGCUGCUCCUGCGGAGAAAGCUGCAAAUGCUAUUGCAAGUGUUGUGCUGAUGGAUCCUGCCAAAGCAAAGAUGGUUGCUCCUGCGGAGAAAGCUGCAAAUGCUGUUCUGAUGGAACUUGCAAGGCUGCGGAAAGUUGCUCAUGUGGAAAAGAUUGCAAGUGUUGUGCUGAUGGAUCCUGCCAAAGCAAAGAUGGCUGCUCCUGUGGAAAAAGCUGUAAAUGCUGUUCUGACGGAACCUGCAAGGCUGCAGGAAGUUGCUCAUGUGGAAAAGAUUGCAAGUGUUGUGCUGAUGGAUCUUGCCAAAGCAAAGAUGGCUGCUCCUGCGGAGAAAGCUGCAAAUGCUAUUGCAAGUGUUGUGCUGAUGGAUCCUGCCAAAGCAAAGAUGGUUGCUCCUGUGGAAAAAGCUGCAAAUGCUAUUGCAAGUGUUGUGCUGAUGGAUCCUGCCAAAGCAAAGAUGGCUGCUCCUGCGGAGAAAGCUGUAAAUGUUGUUCUGAUGGAACUUGCAUGGCUGCAGAAAGUUGCUCAUGUGGAAAAGAUUGCAAAUGUUGUGCAAAUGGAUCCUGCCAAAGCAAAGAUGGUUGCUCCUGUGGAAAAAGUUGCAAAUGCUGUUCCAAGGGAACUUGUACGGCUGCAGGAAGUUGCUCUUGUGGAAAAGAUUGCAAGCGUGGUGCUGAUGGAUCCUGCAAAGGCAAAUGUGGCUGCUAAUGUGCUGAAAAUGAUAGAUGUUGUGCUGUUGGAAAGUUGCAAGGAAACCGGAAGUUGCUCUUGCUGA